AUGUUGCUCAAGACCAUCUAUACAUUUGCUGCGCUCGCUGGAUCUGCAUAUGUGCACCAGGCUGCGGCUUGUGUUCAUGGGGUCCGAGAUGUUGCUGCUCGUUCCACGAAUGCUGCCACAUUCCCCCAAAGCAUUGUGGGCAGCGACGGCCCCUCAGAACCAGUAACAACGAGGUACUUCAUCAGCAAUCUUUGCAUCAAUGUCAAGAAUACCACGAAGAGCCUCGAGUUAUACUCCAAAGCAUUCGGCAUGCGACACAUCUUCACUUUCCAAGUGACAGAGCACUUCAGCAUAUCCUACAUGGGUCACAGCCACGGUGGGGAAAAUGAAACCGGAUACCAAACUGUUGAUGAGUUGAAUCGCGAGAAAACCAACGUCGAGGGCUACCUUGAACUCGUCUCAUUGAGAGUGCCUGGCUGGAAUCUGCCCACAUCUUCGCAGAUUCCAAACACAUUUUCGCAUAUCCGGCUGAUCGUGCCGAAUGUGUAA